AUGAGCAAACCUCUGAAAGUCAUCGUCGUCGGCGCCGGAUUGUCUGGGUUGGCCAUUGCUCAGGGCUUGAAGAAGAAUGGAAUCGAUUACGUCGUGGUCGACAAGGAAAGCGAACCGCGAGACCGGAACUGGGGAGUGACAAUAGCCUGGUCGCAUCCGUUUCUUCAAGAACUCCUCCCACCAGAGCUGUUCGACCGCCUUGCGGAAUGCCAGCCAGACACCAAGCUGAACUCGAAGGAAGCAGGAUGCGAAAGUGUCAUAAUCAGGGAUGGAGCCACAGGAGAAACCAUUGUCGAACCGCCCUUUCCUGCUGUGCGGCGACUGAAUAUUCAGAAGACGCGAACUCUGUGGUCCAAGGACGUCAAUGUCAAGUUUGGCAAAACAGUCACGAACGUCGAGCUGACAUCUGAUGGGGUUAUUGCUCACUUCCAAGACGGCACUUCUGAAUCCGGCACAGUCAUCGUCGGUGCAGACGGAGGGGGUUCAUGGGUUCGACGAUGGCUUUUGGGUGACGAAGCCGAGGCCCGGAUUCUACCAUAUGUCUUUCUCAAUUUCCCCUUCAGGUUCACAGCCGACAGAGCCUUGAAGAUGGACAAGAUGAUGCAUCCUAUCGUGGAUGUAGGCGUGCAUCCAAAGUCCAUGUACAUUGGUAUCUUCUUGCUGGAUAAACCCGACCUCGACAGGCCGGAGACAUGGAUCUUCUACAUUCUCGCGACGUGGCCGAAGGAGCAGACCAGUGAGGAUCAAUGCAAAGGCCAGAACAUGGCAGACGAACUUCGGAAACGGGCAGAUGGCUGGGCUGACCCUUUCAAGUCUGCUGUUGAGUGGAUGCCAGAAGAUGUCAAGGCAAAGGUGGUCCAGCUCAAGAUCUGGAGUCCUACCUCUGACUGGGACAAUCGGGAUGGUCGAGUGACUUUGGCAGGAGACGCGGCGCACAGCAUGACAUUCCACCGUGGCCAAGGCGCCAACAACGCCGUCAAAGACAGCAAAAUGUUUGUCGAUGCAAUGGUCAAGGUCAAGUCUGGAAAGCUGCCCCUAGUUGAGGCGCUUGCAGAAUACGACCAAGACGUGAUGACUCGCGGCAGGCAAGAAGUAGAGAUCUCUCGGGUGCAGACUGAGGCCUUCCAUGACCAUGCACGGUUUCUGGACAGCCCCGUCGUGAAACAUGGCAUCAGGCCGAGUACAGAGUUCAGCAAGGGAGAGAAGUAG